AUGUAUUCGAUCUCGAUCGACCACGACAAAGAGAACAUUCCCCCUGCGAAAGCUGGCCGCCUCAGCGUCAACUCUUCAGCAGCACUUGAUCGACUGAUCAAACCUUUCAAGUGUCCGGGAUCAGCCAAUGCUCGCGUGUCCAAGGGUGAGCCAGCCAGAAAGAGGAGAAAGGUCAACUACGCUGAAGAGGGUGCUGGCAAUGAAGAUACAAGUGGCGGCUUCAGUCUCGAUCCUGAGAGUAGGAUUCUCAAGGACCGAUACCCGGUCUUCAAGGUCAAAGACAAGGAGUCCAUUUUUCGUUCACGCUUCUCAGUACCGCUGAUCAACAAGAAUGCCUUUGAUCCGUCACGCCCUUCACCCAGUCUCGGAAUGCGGCGAGGUCUCGGCUUUGUCAAUAAGCCCUUGCACGAUCCGAGCGGGGAGUUUGCGAUCGUCUUGUACGAUCCAACCAUAGAUGACAAGCCUCAGGACAUGUCGGAGGAGAAGAAAGACGAAGAUAAGCCGAAGCUCGACACGCCUCUCAUGCAUAAAAGCCUCGCCGAAAUACUGGGCAUCAAGAAGCAGGUUGAAGGCGAAAGACCGAAGGUCCCUGUUGUUAUUGACCCAAGACUGGCCAAAGUCCUUCGACCCCAUCAAGUCGAAGGCGUCAAGUUCUUGUACCGCUGUACCACUGGCUUAGUGGAUGAGAAAGCCAAAGGCUGUAUCAUGGCUGAUGAGAUGGGUCUUGGAAAGACUCUCCAGUGCAUCGCCCUAAUGUGGACUCUACUCAAGCAAUCACCCGAAGCUGGCAAAUCCACCAUCCAAAAAUGCAUUAUCGCGUGUCCGGCCAGUCUCGUCAAGAACUGGGCGAAUGAGCUUGUCAAAUGGCUGGGUGAGGGAGCUAUCACUCCUUUUGCCAUUGAUGGCAAAGCCACCAAGGAAGAACUUACCAUGCAGCUCAAGCAAUGGGCGAUGGCCACAGGCAGGGCAGUUGCAAGACCAGUUCUGAUUGUCUCAUACGAGUCUUUAAGGCUGAACAUUGAUGAACUCAAGGACGUCAAGCUCGGACUGAUGUUGUGUGAUGAAGGCCAUCGGCUGAAGAAUGCAGACAGUGAGACAUACAUGGCUUUGACCGGGCUGAAUGUCGAACGCCGAGUCAUUCUCUCCGGGACACCCAUACAGAACGACCUGACUGAGUACUAUGCCUUGCUGGACUUCGCAAACCCGGGCUACCUAGGCACCAAGGCUGACUUCCGCAAAAAGUUCGAGCUGCCCAUUCUUCGUGGUCGUGAUGCCGCUGGGUCUGAUACCGACAAGCAAAAGGGCGAACAAGCCAAUGCUGAGCUUGGAUCUCUUGUCAAGAAGUUCAUCAUCAGGAGAACGAACGACAUUUUAUCAAAGUACUUGCCUGUCAAGUACGAGCAUGUCGUCUUUUGCAAUCUGGCACCUUUCCAGAAGGAUCUCUACAACCAUUUCAUUCAGAGCCCCGACAUCAAGAGUCUCUUAAGAGGAAAGGGUAGCCAGCCGCUCAAGGCCAUUGGUAUACUGAAGAAGCUGUGCAAUCAUCCGGACCUCUUAGAUCUGGAAAAGGAUCUGCCUGGCAGCGAAAAGUUUUGGCCAGAUGAUUACGUGCCCAAGGAGGCCCGAGGUCGAGACCGGGAUGUCAAAUCAUGGCACUCGGGGAAGUUUGCUGUCCUAGAACGUAUGCUCGCUCGCAUCAGGCAAGAUACGAAUGACAAGAUCGUGCUCAUCAGUAACUAUACCCAAACUUUGGAUGUCUUCGAGAAGUUGUGCCGAGCACGGAGCUACGGGUGUCUUCGACUCGACGGUACCAUGAAUGUCAACAAGCGCCAGAAGCUGGUGGACAAGUUCAAUGAUCCCAAUGGGGAAGAGUUCGUGUUCUUGCUCAGUAGCAAGGCUGGUGGAUGCGGUAUCAACUUAAUUGGUGCCAAUCGCCUUGUCCUUUUCGACCCUGACUGGAAUCCUGCGGCCGAUCAGCAGGCUCUUGCCCGUGUCUGGCGUGACGGCCAGAAGAAGGAUUGUUUCGUUUACAGGUUCAUGAGUACAGGCACCAUUGAAGAGAAGGUCUUCCAACGGCAAUCACACAAGCAGGCACUGUCGUCAACCGUGGUGGAUUCAGCAGAAGAUGUCGAGCGGCACUUUACCCUCGACUCGCUACGGGAACUCUUCCAGUUCAAGCCUGACACCACGAGCGACACCCAUGACACGUUCAAAUGCAAACGCUGCAAACCGGACGGCACUCAAACCAUCAAGGCGCCAGGCAUGCUAUAUGGUGACACGAGUUCGUGGAACCAUUUUGUCAACUCUGGAGAGAAGGGACCAUUGAACAGGAUCCAAGAUCUGUUGCUCCGACAAGAGACCACGGAAAAUGCCGUAAGCGCUGUGUUCCAGUAUAUCAGUCACUAA